GGAAGUAAACUGUCAACCUCUCAGGCGGUGCUGGGUUGUUUUGCUAAAGCACUAACUAUCCUUGCUAGCAGCCUCGGUCAACCAGAAAUUAAUUCUCGCAUUUUUCGAUUGUUUACGUUUUCAAUGAAAUUGUAUCACAUCUCGUAGAUCAUAAAUCGUAAGAAGUCAGACUGAGAUAUAUUGUAAUUUCAGUGUAGUUCCCAAGCGAUUCCCAGCAUGACUUCUCGUCGGCCGGACAGCUUCGAAGGUUUGGGUUACAGGGGCAGGGAGGAUCCGUCAUUCAGCGGGGGCUAUUCGGGCAGGUCAUUCAAUAAUUCAUCUAGCUCUGACCUCCAGCAUUGGGUCACCACACCUCCUGAUAUACCUGGCAGCAGAAACCUGCAUUUUGGCGAUCGCACGCCCCAAUUUGAGACGGCACCUGCCCCACCUGGAGCAGCAGAGGAAGCCCAAUCAGCGGCUCCACCGUCCGAACAGCUGAACAGAUUUGCUGGGUUUGGGAUAGGUCUUGCAAGCCUCUUCACAGAAAAUGUCCUGGCACAUCCCUGCAUUGUGUUUCGACGUCAGUGUCAGGUGAACUACCAUGCCAGGUGUUAUCACUUGUCCCCACUGACUGCCAUCAGCGUUAUGUACAAUGUCACCAAAACUCAGGGUCCAAAGGCUUUAUGGAAAGGAAUGGGCAGCACUUUUGUGGUACAGGGGGUCACGCUGGGAACAGAGGGCAUCAUUAGCGAAUGCACACCUUUACCAAGGGAGUUAUCACACAAGUGGAACCCUAAACAAGUUGUGGGACACUUAGUACUCAAAGGUUUGACAUAUGUGGUUGCAAUGCCGUUUUACUCAGCAAGUCUCAUUGAGACCGUACAGAGUGAAAUAAUCCGAGACAACCCCGGCAUCCUGGACUGUGUGAAAGAGGGUAUUGGGCGUGUAAUAGGAAUGGGAGUGCCUCACAGCAAGCGUCUCCUUCCCCUCUGGAACCUGGUGUUCCCCACGGUUCUCCACGGUAUCCUCCACUAUGUUAUCAGUUCCAGCGUGCAGCGGCUGGUUCUUUACCUGCUGCGGCGUCGGAACAAUGGCUCACCAAAGCACUCGUCCCCUGACUCACAAACGGACGCGGUCCAGUCUAUGCUGGAUUCAUACUUCCCUGAGCUCAUGGCCAGCUUUGCUGCUAGCCUGGUUGCAGAUGUGCUGCUGUUUCCUUUGGAAACGGUGUUGCACAGGCUGCAUAUCCAGGGAACACGCACUAUCAUCGACAACACUGACCUGGGUUUUGAAGUGUUGCCAAUAAACACGCAGUAUGAAGGAAUGAGGGACUGUAUUAAUGCUAUUCGGCAUGAGGAGGGCACCAUGGGCUUCUACAAAGGCUUCGGGUCCAUCGUGGUGCAAUACUCGCUUCACGCCUCAGUUCUGCAGAUCACCAAGAUGAUCUACUCAAUGCUGCUGCGAAACACUUAAAUAGAAUGAUUUGGAAAACAUCGAUUCCUUCCUUAUUCAUGGAAAGGUCCUUUUUUGGUUGAGUUGGACAUUCCAAAAAUGUGCCCUGAUAUGAAUUGAUCAUUGCAGACAUUUGAGGUCCUCUCUACCUCUUCCUGUGAUUUGUCAGUCUACUUGUUUCAUAAAGCGCACUG